AUGCCUUCCACCAUUCUCGCCCGCGCCACCGCCCGCCGCGCCGCUACCUUUUGCACCUCGUCCCGGUCCAUGAAGCCGUCCGCCGACUCCCACGCCGGCCUCGGCCUCGGCGGCGGCUCGUCUGCCUCCACGCCCGCCGCCGGCAGCUCCUGGGCGUGGCGCAACCUCUCGCCCAAGACGCGCCAGUACGUCAAGCUCGGCGCCGCGACGUGCGCCGCCACCGACGCCGCUGUGCUGUACAACUACCCAGGCCUUGUUGGUCUGAAGAAGGCUUCCGAGUGA